UAUAUAUUCCUACUAGUACAAUAUACCACGUAAAAUUAACACCGAUCGAAACAAAAAGGAAAAAAGAACCGUAACAAGAAAGAAUCAACAUGGCGAGUUUAUUAGAUAAAGCAAAAGAUUUCGUGGCUGAUAAACUCGCCGGGGUUCCUAAACCGGAGGGUUCGGUUACGGACGUCGACCUUAAAGACGUGAACCGUAACUCCGUCGAGUACUUAGCCAAAGUUUCAGUCACCAAUCCUUACAGUCACGCGAUUCCGAUCUGCGAGAUCAAUUUCACUAUCCACAGCGCUGGCCGGGAAAUUGGAAAGGGGAAGAUACCGGACCCUGGUUCACUGAAAGCAAAGGACAUGACGGUUCUUGAUGUUCCGAUGGUGGUGCCGUAUAGUAUACUGCUCAACUUGGCUCGAGACGUUGGUGCGGACUGGGACAUUGACUAUUUGCUCGAAAUAGGUCUCACCCUUGAUCUUCCUAUUGUUGGGGAUUUUACUAUCCCUAUUACCAGCAAGGGCGAAAUCAAACUCCCUACUUUUAAAGACUUCUUGUGAAUCAACUUUUGCGCAAUUAAAAAAAAAAUCAAAUAUCGUUUGUAAUGGUGAUAUAAUGUAACAACUGAUAACUGUGGUUUGCCUAUAAAAUCAAGUAUUGUUUCUUAUAUAUAA